AUGGAAGAGUUUCUCAGCCUCUCUCUGGGGAUCUUGCUCUGCCUGGGUCUCAGACUGGUCCAUGGGGGCAUGGAUGCGUGCUAUGAUGGGCAAGGACACCCACAGCGUUGUCUGCCUGUGUUCGAGAAUGCAGCAUUUGGCCGCCAGGUCCAGGUGACCAACACAUGUGGCAGCCCACCCGAAGAGUACUGCCUCCAGAUGGGCGCCCCUGGAGACACUAAGCUGUGCCACCUCUGUGAUGCCAGUGACCCAGACCACCACCACAAUGCCUCCUACCUGACUGACUUCCACAGCCAGGAAGAGAGUACUUGGUGGCAGAGCCAGUCCAUGGCUUUUGGGGUCCAGUACCCCAACUCGGUCAACAUCACCCUACAGCUCGGUUCAAGGCCAAGACCUGAGCUGAACAACAGAACCAGCAGAGCAAGCGAGCUCUUGGUUCAGCGUAGACGGCCCACGGUGGGGAGAUGGGACCUCGUCCUUUGGCCUGGCUUUCUGGCCCGGGGAUGGAUGGGGAUCUUAGAGGAGGAGGAUAAGAGGAAAGUCGAUUCAGAGUCAGAGCUAGAAGGGAUCUCAGGCCAUCCAGUCCAGCCCCUCACUUUAGAGAGUGAGGCAGUAAUAGCAUCAACCCAGGUCUUGGAGGAUCUGCUUCAUGGCCGAGCUUCUUUGGUGGAGAGGUUUUCAAAAGGACUCCCAAUUAAUAAGCCAUCCUUGGGAGAGGUCAGAUGGUCUCUACCAAAUAGCCCCCUGCUCCAGGAAUGGGUAACCAGCACAGAACUGCUUAUUUCUCUGAACCGACUCAACACCUUUGGGGAUGACAUCUUUAAGGAUCCCAAAGUGUUACAGUCCUACUAUUACGCCAUCACUGACUUCUCUGUCGGGGGCAGGUGUAAAUGUAAUGGACAUUCCAGCGAAUGUGUCCUCAAUGAAGAAGGCCAGCUGGUCUGCAGCUGCCAGCACAACACCACAGGCACCGACUGUGAGAAAUGCUUACCCUUCUACCAAGACCGGCCCUGGGCUCGGGGCACAGCGGAGGCUGCCAAUGAAUGUCUGCCCUGCAAUUGCAGUGGCCUCUCUGAAGACUGUUUCUAUGAUUGGGAGUUGUACCGGAGCACUGGGCAUGGAGGGCACUGCCAGAACUGCCGGGAUCACACCGCUGGACCCCACUGUGAGCAUUGCCAGGAGAACUUCUACCGCUGGGACCAGCAGCAGCCAUGCCAGCCCUGUGACUGCCAUCCAGCAGGAUCUCUUAGCCUACAGUGUGACAACUCGGGCACCUGUGAGUGCAAACCCAGUGUGACUGGCUGGAAGUGUGAUCGCUGUCUGACAGGGUUCCAUUCUCUUAGUGAAGGUGGAUGCAGACCUUGUACCUGCAGUGUGGCGGGCAGCUUAGGAACUUGUGAUUCCCGCAACGGACGGUGCCCUUGCAAGUCCAAGGUGGAAGGCUACUUAUGUGACAGAUGCCAACCUGGGACAUUUAACCUGCAGUCCCAAAAUCCUUCUGGUUGCACCAGCUGUUUCUGUUAUGGCCACUCCAUGGUGUGUGCAGCUUCCACCCAUUAUGGUGUACGCCAUAUCAUCUCUGACUUCCACCAGGGGACUGAGGGCUGGCGAAUCAGAGGUCCACAAGGCAGAGAGGAGCCUGCACAGUGGAGUCAGAGUGGAAUCUUCUUGAAGCCAAAGGGAGAGGAGCUGUGGGAGUUCAUUGCACCAGAGAAAUUCCUUGGAGACCAGCGCUUCAGCUAUGGGCAGCCCCUCUCUCUGACCUUCCGAGUACCACCUGGGGGCUCUAUCCUCUCUGUCUGGCUGAAAUUGGAAGGGGCAGGACUAGCCCUGUCUCUGAAACCCUCCAGCCCAACAGGCACCCAACAGCCUGGGUGGCCUGAAGAGUACCCAUUCAUGUUCAGCUUACAGGAGACCUCAGAGGAUACAGAACGCCUGCUCCCAGCCUUUCACUUCCAGAGGCUCUUGGCCAACCUGACUGCACUCCAGAUCCAGGUUGUGGGUCCCAGAAGCAGCCGCCCUACAGGUCAAAUAAUCCUGACUGAAGUCCAGCUCACUUCCGCAGGUGCUGGUCUGUCCCCUGUAGCCCCUUGGGUGGAAGAGUGUACGUGUCCCAAAGGCUACAUGGGACAGUUCUGUGAAUCCUGUUCUCUGGGGUACAAGAGGGAGACACCACUGGGCGGACCCUAUGCCAGUUGUGUCCCCUGCACCUGUAACCAGCAUGGCACCUGCGACCCCGAAACAGGGAUCUGUCAGUGCCUGCACCAUACUGAGGGCCCCUCCUGUGAGCGCUGCACACCUGGUUUCUAUGGCAACCCCUUUUUGGGUCAGGAGGAUGACUGCAAGCCCUGUCCCUGUCCUGGCCAAUCAGCAUGUACGACCAUCCCAGAGAGCGAGGAGGUGGUGUGUACCCACUGCCCUAAGGGCCAAAGAGGACGCCUUUGUGAGAUGUGUGAUGACGGCUUUUUUGGGGACCCCUUGGGGACAUCUGGUCCCCCCCAGCCCUGCCAGCGUUGCCAGUGCAAUGGAAAUGUGGACCCCAAUGCUGUGGGCAAUUGCGACCCCACAACGGGCCACUGUCUGCGCUGUCUGUACAACACGACGGGUGCCCACUGCGAACAGUGCCAGGAGGGUUUCUACGGGAGUGCCCUGGCCCCACACCCUGCAGACAAAUGCACACUCUGCAGCUGUAACCCAACAGGCUCAACCAGAGAUCAGGGGGCCUGUGACCCCCAGACAGGCCAGUGUUCCUGCCUCCCCCACGUGACUGGACGGGACUGCAGUCGAUGCAGCCCUGGUUUCUACGACCUCCAGCCAGAAAGAGGCUGCCAGAGCUGCAAGUGCCAUCCUGUAGGUUCCCAGGAGAACCAAUGCCACCCUGUGACUGGGCAGUGCCCUUGCCUUCCUGGGGUUGGUGGAGUGGCAUGCUCCCACUGCCAACCCAAUUUCUUCGGCUUCUCUGCCAAGGGCUGUCGAGCCUGUAACUGUUCCCCUCUGGGCUCUGUCACCACCCAGUGCCACGAGAACAGCACCUGUGUAUGUAAGCCAGGCUUUGUGGGCUACAAGUGUGAUCACUGCAAGGAGAACUUUUUCCUCACUGCUCAGGGCUCUCAGUGCCAGGAGUGCCCAAUUUGUUUCUCACUAGUGAAGAAAGAGGCCACCAAACUCAAGGCUACGCUAAAGGUGAUGGAGCGAUGGCUGCAGAAAUCUGACUGUGACAACCCCUGGAGGGAUUAUGUCUUGCAGGGAGAAUCACCAAGAGGAGAUACCUACUAUGGUCAGUAUCUGUUUCUGGACACUAGGGAAGCUUUUCUAGAGAAAAUGGAAGAUUUGGAGAGUUCCAUGAGGGCCGCCCGGCAUCAACUGAGGGCAGCAAGCAAGAAUGUCAAUUGUACCAGGAGUAGUUUGGAGAAGACCUGCAUCCAACUGGUCGACAUUGAGACUCUGCUGCAGUCAACAGAAUUGGAGAUUCAGCAGGCAUCUGGAGUCCUCGCCACAAUGGUAAUCCCUCAGGAAAUGCCCAACCAGCUCACCAAUUGGAGUCAUCUAGCUACUGAGUCUCAGACCCUGGCCAAGAGUCAUAGAGACAUGGCCACCAAGAUAGAGGCAGCAGCACGGAGGGCUCUGCUUGCUUCCAAUACCAGUUAUACUCUUCUGUGGAGUCUUGUGGAGGGCAGAGAAGCACAGAAAAUAUGGCAUGAGCUGGAGGACAGGUACCAGGAGGUGCAGAGGGCCCAGGAGGAGCUCAGAACAUCCACAGCCCAGGCAACUACUGAAGCCAAGAGUGUGCUGGCAUCUGUGGAGCGGAUUAGCUCUGAGGGGGCUCAGCGCCUGACGAAGCUCUCCACUCCAGCAAUAUUGCCUCCCACACACCUUGCCAGGGACCUGGAUAGGAAACUACAGGAUGCAGAGAAGACAUUGACUGCUCAGGAGAAUAUGUUCACCAGAGCAUCCCAGGCUCUCUUAGCCACUUCCCAGGAAGAGCUUCAGAAGAUCCAGCCCUUUGAGCAGCUGCGUGAGGGGGCUAAGGCUGCCCUCACCCUGGCUACCUCCUCUAUUGCUGAAGCCAGAAUGACCGUCAGUGAUUCCAAGACUUUGCUGGCCAAUCUGGAAGGUACGGCUAUGCCCUGA